GUUUUAACAUUAAAUUACAUUUUUAAACAUAGGCAAGGGCAUUAAUUCUAAAAAAACUAAAUUAAAAUUGAAAUUACUUUAAAGAUAACAAUAAGAACUGCUGCUUGUGGCUUUAAACCUCAUAAUUCAACUCACAAAUAUCUUGAAGAUGUUCUAAAUGCGGAAAUUUUGCUUUUAUCAUUAAACAAAGUUUCGUUCAAUAAAAAAUGUCGGUAUAUUAUAAAUUUAAUAGUGAAUUGAAUUUUAGCCACGUUGGUUUUGAUGGCUUGCAUAUAUCAGUUGCGGAUCUUAAGAAGGCUAUUUUGCAUCAGAAGCGUUUGGGCAAAUCGGAUUUUGAUUUAUUGAUUUCCAAUGCACAAACAAAAGAGGAAUAUGCUGAAGAGGACUGCUUGAUACCAAAAAACACAUCACUGAUUGUUGCACGAGUUCCAAUAACUUCGAAUCAAUACAAAAAAUGGGAACAGCACGCUCCAAACGUAGUCCACAAUGAGCAACAGAGCAUCUCAUCAUCGGCUUCAAGUGUGGAUCUGUCCAAGAUGAAUGGCUCCGAAGAGGAUAAGAUUCAAGCAAUGAUUGCACAAAGUACUUUAGAUUAUGAUCCAACAAAACAUUUCGGAAAAAAUAGUUAUCAACGCGUCCGGGGGACUCAACAAUCUGGAGAGGUUCCACAACAUUAUCGAUGUCAUCGGUGCCAUAAAAGCGGACAUUGGAUAAAGAACUGUCCAAUGAAUCCCCCAAUGAAGGAACAUCACACGAAAGUUCGUGCAGAAAAUAAGAAAAUGACAGGCAUUCCACGUUCAUUAAGAGAAAAUCCGCCAAACAUGAAAGAACCAGAAACUCCUCAAAUUGUCGAACAAAAAAAGGAAAUCCCUGAAGACUUAUUGUGUAGUAUAUGUAAAAAUAUUUUCAAGGAUGCAGUAAUGAUUCCUUGCUGUGGAAGUUCCUUUUGCGAUGAAUGUAUUCGAACGUCGCUUUUAGAAUCUGAUGAUAAUGAGUGUCCAGAAUGUUCAGAAAAAGGAACUUCGCCUGGUUCUUUGAUUCCUAAUCGUUUUUUGAGAAAUGCAGUAGCAGCAUUUCAAUCGGACAUGAAUAGUCUCUCAUCUCGCGAUAAACAACAAGAAUCCAGUAAACAGCCAGAAGAAAUUGUAAAUAUAAAUGAAAUUGUCGAAGAAAAACGAGAAGAGCCAAGCCGUAUUGUAGAACAUACGGAAGCAAAGGAAGUUGUUAUUGACAACAUUUUAAAACCUGAUACUUUAGAUCAAAUUUCGGACAAUGAAGAAGACGACGAUGAUGAUGACGAUAACAUCACAGUAACAGUUCCUUCAGCUUCGCAGCAAAGUGGCGCAGAAUUUAGAGAAAUAAUCGUUUUUACACCGCAAAGACAAGACAGUUCACAAGAAAUUCAGGAACCAAUUUUAGAUAAUCGUGAAAAGUCUAAAUCAAGUCAAUACUCUGAUAAUUCUGGGUAUUCUGGCUACUAUCAAGGCUCUGGAAAUAAUAAUGCUUACGAAGGACAGCCAAAUAAAAAUAUGGGGAAUUCGUAUCAAGAGAAUAUGGAUAAAAAUUAUCAGCCUAUUCCUGUAAAUACACAAAAUCAAUAUCACCAGCAACAGCACGGAUAUAAUCAGCAUCAAAAUAUGCACAUCCCACAACAUCGUCCUCAACAAUAUCCCCAACAAGGCCAGUAUCAUCAAUCAGGUCCACAACACCAACCUUAUUACGGGCACAAUCACCACCAUCAUCAACAGAAUAUGAGACCAAUGAGAUAUGAGCAUAGAGAUUUUCACGGGAUGAAUAAGCAUCACAAUUUACCUCCAAUGCAUGCACCGAUGAAUGAACAUUAUGCCAUGAGAUAUCAACCUCCUUCAACAAAUUUAUCUAAUAUGGUAACUCAAAAUAUUCAGCAACGAUUUGGAACUGGGAUCAUUGAAGAUCCUUUGGAGGCAUUUAAUAAAAUUAUGAGGGAAAAGGAAAUGCGUAAAGAUAGAUUUAAACGUUCAAGAUCUCCUUUGCGCCAGUACAGUCCAGACAUAAGACAAAAAUCGCCGAUUAGAAGACGAAAACGUACUAGAUCAUUUAGUAGUGGCAGUUCUAAAUCGUAUUCACGAUCACGGUCUCGUUCAUAUGAAAGACAUUAUCCCAAAGAAAACAUCCACGGACGAGGAGAUCAUCGCGACAUGAGAAGAAAGCAUUACUCUACAGAACGAAAAAAGUCUGAAACAAGAAGCUCAAGAACUCAUCGUAAUAAAACACCAAAUGAAACUGCCAACUCGAAGAAAUCAAAUUACGACAAUCCACCUGGUUCACAUGAGCAUAAUAAAAAUUCUAGAUCGGAAAGGAAUAAACCACUUUCAUUGCCUGAGCCAGUCAUUAGUGAAAGUGUGAGUACAAAUGACGGAGAGCCACCACCACCGGGCGAAGAGUUAUCAAUGAAUUCAUCCCAUAACGUAGAAAAUCAGCAAAUCCAGAAGACAGAUGAGAAAGAAAAUUAUAGAGACAAGGAUGAGAAAAAUCCAGCAUCUCCAGAAAAGGAAAAAGGUUCAGCGGAUGAGUCUAAGCACUCGAAAAAGCCUCGUGAUGAGUCUAAGCACUCAAAAAAGCCUCGUGAAAGAAAAAAGCAUAAAAAAGAAAAUAAAAAGAAAAAGCGCGAUCGUAAAGAGAAAAAAUCAUCUUCGUCUAAGAGCAAUACUCCAGAAAUUGAGGAUAGAAGCAUGAUAAAAAGAUCGGCAUCAAAUGAACAAAAUGCCGAAAAGCCUUUAGAGAGUGAAGCUGAAAAGGAUAAUUUAAGUGAAUCAAUGAUGGAACGUGAAAGUAAGUGUCAAACAUCAAAUCACUCUUCAGAUUUUAAUAUGUUGGCAGUUUCAGAUGACACAAAUUUUGAUUCCAAAUUUGAUAAUUAUUUAGUUGAGCCUGAACUAUCCAAAUGGGAGCGUGAUGAAAGUAUUCAUAUUGAAAAGAAUCAUGAUCACCAGAAAAAUUCAACACAAAGUAAUGAAGUAUCGAGUGGAAAUAGUGAAGUCACAUCUGAAAUAAUUAAAAGAGCUGAAAAUGCCAUUUUUGCUAAGGCAGUAAAUGCGAUACGUCCACAAGAACAAAAUAACAAGAUAUCUUCUAAAAACGACAAUUCUCCAUUACCGUCACUAGUAAAGAAAGUUGAUGGAGAUAAAAAGUAUGAAUCCGUUCAAGUUACAGUUCCAACUGAUAAUUCUGGAAAUCGCUCAAUUGAAAUUAAAUCUGAGGACAGCAAUGCAACUAACAGAAACAAGUCUGAUGCUCCAAAACCGGCAUCGAUUAAGGAUCGUUUAGGAAAGAAGAUUGAUGUAAGAUCUCGGUCAAAAGAGGAGAAGAGGCCACACCAAUCACAAUCAGAUUAUGACAAGAAAAAUGUUCGACGACCUUAUCAAUUAAACUCCUGCAUUAGUUCCAUUUCAAAAUACUCUGAUCGAAGAAAUGACAAAAGGUCAACGAAUCGAAGAUCUAAAAGCAUCGAGCACAGAUCAACGAGCAGGAAAUAUGAUAGAAGUCGUUCAAAAAGUUCAAACAGGAAUGAUCCCAAAAGGCAAAAGUUAAAUGACGACAAACGUAUGCAUCACAGGUCCGUAGACGAAAGAGAUAGAGAUAGAGAUCGUGAAAAGGAUAGAGAGAGGGGGCGAAAUCGUUCGAGGCAUCGAACUCGAUCACCAAAACCAUCGUCAAGUAGUAAAAUAAUUGAAAAAGCGCGAUCAACGUCUACGGAAUCAAAAAAGCAUAAGAAAAAGAAGAAGAAAGAUAAGAAAUCUAAAAAGAAGAGUCGUGGUUAAUUAGUUUAUGAAACUAGCUUAUCCAUUUCUAACAUAAAUGCAUUAAUUUAAUGAUAAUUUCAAUUGAAUAAAAAUCGUAUGAAUAUGAAAAAUUUAAUUUCGU